AUGACCGAACAAUUCUCCGUCGAAGUCGGCAAAGCCGCUAACGAGCAUGAAACCGCUCCCAGAAGAAACAUCCGUGUCAGAAAACAGCCCAUAGUUAGACCGUUGGGCUCCUCCGCCUCCACGAUGUACGAAUUCGCCCUCGAGUGUUUUACCAGGGGUGGCAAGAAGAACGGUAUGGCUUGGAGAGAAACCGUCGAAAUCCAUGAGACCAAGAAGACCAUUGUUAAAAGGGUCAACGGCAAGGAUAAGCCCAUGGAGAAGACGUGGUUGUACUACGAAUUGUCUCCAUACCACCACAUGACCUACGAGGAGAUGACGUGCAUGAUGCACGACGUCGGUCGUGGGCUGUUGAAAAUAGGUGUCAAGCCCAAUGGUGGAGACAAGCUCCACAUCUUUGCCUCCACUUCCCACAAAUGGAUGAAAACAUUCUUGGGGUGCCUGUCCCAGGGCAUCCCCGUCGUCACCGCGUAUGACACGUUGGGUGAGAGCGGUCUGAUUCAUUCCAUGGUCGAGACCGAGUCCUCGGCCAUCUUCACCGACAACCAACUGCUAGCCAAGCUGGCAGUGCCCUUGCAAUCCGCAAAGGACAUCAAAUUCGUCAUUCACAGCGAAGCCAUCGAUCCUAGUGACAAGAGACAGAGCGGUAAGCUGUACAAGGCCGGCAAGGCCGCCGUUGAUAAGAUCAAGGAAGUUAGACCAGACAUCAAAAUCUACAGUUUCGACGAAAUCGUCGAACUCGGUAAGAGGGCCAAAGACGAGAUCGAACUCCACUUCCCCAAGCCGGAGGACAUGGCCUGUGUCAUGUACACUUCCGGUUCCACCGGUACGCCAAAGGGUGUGGUAUUGACCCAUCGCAACAUUGUUGCCGGUAUCGGUGGUGUGGGCCACAGUGUCUACGGAUGGAUCAACUCUUCAGACCGUGUCAUUGCAUUCCUGCCCCUGGCUCAUAUUUUCGAAUUGACUUUUGAAUUCGAAUCCUUCUACUGGAACAGUCUUCUAGGGUACGCCAGCAUCAAGACGUUGACCUCCACUUCUACACGCAAUUGUGAAGGUGACUUGGUCGAGUUCAAGCCCACCUUAAUGGUGGGUGUCGCCGCCGUAUGGGAAACAAUCAGAAAGGGUAUCUUGGCCAAGAUCGGCGAGUUGCCUAGCUUGUCCCAAAAGCUCUUUUGGACCGCUUAUGCCCUCAAGGAAAAAAACGUGCCAUGCAGUGGGUUUAUAAGUCGUUUGAUCUUUAAAAGAAUCAAACAGGCCACUGGUGGGCAACUGAGGUAUAUCAUGAAUGGUGGGUCCGCGAUCAGCAUAGAUGCUCAAAAAUUUCUGUCCAAUGUCCUGUGUCCCAUGCUGAUUGGUUACGGGUUAACAGAAUGUGUGGCCAACGCUUGUGUGGUAGAACCUGACCAUUUCUUCGAAUUCGGUGUCGCCGGUGAUAUUGUUGGUACCAUGACAGCUAAAUUAGUAGACGUUGAAGAGUUGGGUUACUUCGCAAAAAAUAACCAAGGGGAAUUACUACUAAAGGGUGCACCCGUCUUAUCUGAAUACUACAAUAACCCUGAAGAAACCGCCCUCGCUUUGACUGAGGACGGUUGGUUCCGUACUGGUGACGUCGCUGAGUGGACUUCCAGGGGACAAGUUAAACUUAUUGACAGAAAAAAGAAUCUGGUAAAAACCCUAAACGGUGAGUACAUUGCAUUGGAAAAAUUAGAAUCCAUUUACAGAUCAAACCCUUAUGUGCAAAACGUCUGUGUUUAUGCUGAUGAAACAAAAGUUAAACCAAUCGGUAUUGUGGUACCCAACUUGGGACCUUUAUCCAAUCUGGCCAUUGAGUUGGGUGUAAUGCAUUCUGGUGAAGACGUUGAGUGUUAUAUCCACACAAGGAAACUACAAGAUGCUGUUUGGAGAGAUAUGAUAACAACAGCCACAUCUCAAGGUUUGAACGGUAUUGAAUUGUUGUGUGGUAUUGUUUUCUACRAAGAAGAAUGGACUCCUGAAAAUGGGCUUGUUACAUCCGCUCAGAAAUUAAGGAGAAGAGAUAUCUUAGCCGCCGUCUUGCCUGAUGUUGAAAGAGUUUUCGCAGAAUGCGGUUAA